AUGCAAAAUAUUGAAGAAUUAGUUCAACAAUUAUUAAUUGGCGAUGAAAAUGUUGGGUUUAUUAAUGUUCCAUCAAAAUUUGAGAGCGAUCAACAACAACAACCACAACCAACAUCCACAAAUAAAAAAAAUACAAAUGAUGAUAAGAAUAAAAUCAAUACAGUAAAGAUACCAAUUUCAAUGGCAUUAUUAGAUCAAUUAAGUACAUUGAAAUCAUUAUCUGCCACUUUACCAUCAUCACCAACAAUACCACCAACCAGUACAACCCAUACUGUUGGUACCUCAACUUCAACUACACCAUCUAGUAAUUCAACAUCACAACAACAACAACAACAACAACAACAACAACAACAACAACAACAGAAUAAUACAUCACCACCAACAUCAACUACAAAUACUAGUAGUAGUAGUACAACAACCUCAAAUGUAACACCAUCAUCAAUUUUAAUUGAAUAUGAAAAUAGGAUAAAUGGAAUUAAACAAUUAAUUGAAAAGAUAUUGAAUAAAGAGAUUCCAGAUUAUAAUUCAAAAAAGUUUGUAGUAAAUUUUGAUUUUUCAAGCUACCCUUCAUCUGCUGAUUCAAUUGUGAAGGAUAUAUUGGAUAGUUAUGACGGUGAUUUACAAGAAGAGCAAGCAAACUACGACAUGGAAUUGGAGAGUAGUGGUGGCCAUUUUAGUCACCACAGUAACGAUAUAUUUGGCCCAUCACCAUCACCACGUGGUGCGAAUUCAAUCCCCAAUGGUUAUACAAGCUAUAGAUUACACUGGGCCAGUAUCAUUGUUAAAUUACAUCAAGCAAUUCUUUCAAGUUCUCUUUACCAAAACCUCUUGAAAAAGAUUUACAAUGUUAAUGCAUCUUCACAAUUAACAUCCUCACAAACUUUAGUUGACUCUUUGAAAGAUCCAAAAAUACAAUCGAAAAAAAUUAAUUCAAGUUUAUCCUCAAGUUCAUUGGUAAACAAACAAUUAUCAUCUUCAAGCGAUAACUCUUCCACUUUGGAUAGUAGUGAUACAACAACCACCACAACUGCCGCAAAUUCAAAUGCAAGUGGCUUUGCUAAAUCCUCAAAAGUCAAUGACUUACAACAAGAUGGUAGUGUCAUUCAAUCAACAAAAUCAACUCCAACCACUCCACCAUCUGCUUCACCUUCAACAAGUUUUCGUGGUCUUACUGGUACUAGUGCUGAUCAAGAUGCUAUCUUAUCAAUUAGUAAACAACAACCUACUUCUCCAAGUUUAGGUAAAUCACUAUUCUCUAGUGUAAUUGGUAAUAAUAAUAAUAACAAUGUUAAUAAUAAUAAUAGUAAUAAUAAUAAUAAUAGUGGUAGUUAUAAUAAUAACAAUAAUAAUAAUAAUAAAGGUAGUACAACAAGUAGUUCAGGAUUUUCAUUAUCUGCUCUAAUGUCUGGAAAUAGUCGUGAUGCACCACCUGCUCUUAAAGAUUUAGCUGAUCGUUCAACAAAAUAUGAUCAAGGUAAAGGCAUUGGUAUCGAUAUAAAUAAUAACCCACUACAUCAAUUGCAACCACCAUCAACAAAUGGUGCUACUGGAGAUAGAUAUAAUCCAAAUAUUAAUAAGUUACCAUCAUCCUAUGAAACUGAUCCAGUUUUACUUCCAGAUGGUUCAACAUUUGAUAAUACAAGACAAUCAUCUUCAACAUCGACUUCAUUAUCUUCAAAUCCAAUAUCAUUUGUAUCACCAACAAGCAAUAAUAAUAUUCUUCCAACAAGUCAACCUGGAUCUUAUAGUGGCAGUAAACCUAUUCCAAUGAAUAAUACCAAUUCAUUAUUCUCACCACCAUCAAAUAAUCCAUUAUCAACAUCAUUUGGUAUGCCAGGUAGAAAUAGUAAUAGUAAUAAUAAUAAUAAUUUCCUUUCAACUUCACCAUUUGAUGCACCAGGCUCUUUAACUAGUGGCGGUAUGCCACCAACAAGAUAUCCAGAUUCAUUCUUUUCAACAUCUGCCUCUUCAAGAGCUCCCCCAGCAUGUGAUGCAAUUCCAUCCUCAAAUGUUAUUCAAAUUCCACAAUCAAACACUAACGCUGGUAGUUCAAUGUUAUCAGUUUCGCCAUCACCAUCAUCAUUAAACAACAACAAUAUGAUUGUUGGUAGUUUAUCAAGUGCAAGCAAUCCAUUAUCAUCAUCUGGUGGUUUUAAUAGAAUGCAAGGUAGUGGUGGUUUCGAAUUAAAUCAAUCUGGUUCAAAUAUUUCUCAACCAGUUAUUGUGCCACCUACAACUUCUUCAAUCCCAAUUAAUGUCCAAUCAUCUUCAUAUUCAUCAAAUUCUUCUAAUCCUAUAUUUUCUUCAUCACCAAAUUCUCAAUUAUUAUUACAACAACAACAAUUACAACAACAACAACAACAACAACAACAACAACAACAACAAUUACAACAACAAUUACAACAACAAUUAACUCCACAAAUGCCAGCAAUUGGUUCAACAAUUGUACCUGCUUCAAGUUCAUUUAAAGCACCAUCUCAACUUGAUCUUUUAUCUUCACAAACAAGUACAUCAUCAAUUUCAACUCAAUCUGGUGUUUCAAAUACAUCAUCAUCAUCAUCUUCUUCUUCUUCUUCCUCAUCAAGUUCAACAUCUACAACAAGUUCAACAUUAACUUCAGGAGUUUCAAAUGGUGGUGAUAAUUCAAAUAUGAAUACAAUUAAUAUUUCAAAUAAAGCUCAUAUGGAUGAUACAGUUAAAUCUUUAUCAAAACCAAUUGUUGGACUUUCAGAUCAUAAAUUCCCAGAAUGGUUAGAUAUUACAAUUUAUUGGAGAAAUGAUGAAACUUCAAAUGUUGUUGUUGUUGAUGAUAAUGAUAUUUCUAAUGGUAUAAAUUUAGAAAUUAAACAAAUAUUAUUAACUGAACAAUCAGCUGGUAGAUUAGAUCAUUAUUUAGAAUCUAAAUUAGUUACAUCAAUUCAUAAUAGGUUAUUGAAUAUUAUUGAAUCCAAAACCAAUGAAUGGGUUGAACCUAUUUAUAACUAUUGGAUAAAAUCUGUGGAUAUCGAAUAUCAUAAUGAAAUUACCAACUCUUUCCAAAACUUUAUUCAAGAGUUUAACAGUCAUAUUUGGGAUAAUAGAAAAUAUCAAGCAUUCUUAAAUAGAAUUGUAAAUCUUCGUAGACAAUUCCCACCACCACCAUCAUCAUCACACCAACCAGCACCAAAUACACCAGCAUUGUUAACAACAACCAAAGGUAUACCAAUACCAAUUCAAAAGAAUUCCCAACAAGAAGAGAUUGAAAUGUCAAAGAUAUUCAAACAACUCGAAUUGGACAUCAUUUAUUUGAUCUCAGUUCAACAUUAUUACUCUUUGAAAUAUAUUGAAAAACUUUUAAUUGGUACAAUGGGUCAUACUUCUGCUGAUGUUAGACAAUCUUCAGUACGUUUAUUAAAUGUUAUCUAUGAUUCCCAUACUUGGCAAUUUGAAGAACCAUUAAAACCAGUAAUAAGAGUUAUUGGUGAUGCUUUUAGAAUUGAAUUAGAAUUGGACCAACCAUUACCUGAAAAUGUAUUAAAAAGAAUUUAUAUUACAACAGUUCAACCACCAACUCAAAGAUUAACAAACUUUAAAUCGAGUACUAUUAAAAUUGGUGGUACUUAUGGAAAAAAUAAACAAAACUUACAAUCAUCAUCAGCAAUUUUCACAAAACAUAAACCUAAAGUUGAUGGUUGUAAAUUAUAUAUAGAUUUACCAUCAUUCUAUAGAGCUGGUUAUUAUGAUUGGAGAGUUGUUGAAUUAAAAUCAAAUGGUAAAUUUGUUUCAUUUGAUUUUGAAACUUUUAAAUUAAAAUCAUCAAAAGAUGAAAACUAUAAACAAACAGAUAGUGCAUCAUCAUCAUCAUCAUCAAUUAAUGAUAAUCAACCAAUGAUAUCAGAUGAAAAUGAAAAAAUUCAAGGUAGAUUUAUAGUUCAUCCAAAAUUAAGAGAAGAAAUUAUGCAUGAAGUUUGGGUAGAUUUACAAGAUUCAAUUUGGGAUCCAUAUAGAGGUGAAAUGACAAAAAAAGGUAGAAUUCAAAAUUUAAUUGAUGCUUUAGAUCAUUAUCAUCAAGAGGGUAUUACUACACUUUAUGUUAUGGGUUUAUUAGAGAAAUUACCAAGUAAUCAACCAUUAUGUCCAACCGAUAGAGAUUUAGCAAAUCGUUUAAUUGGUGGUGAUCAAAUGUUCUCACAAUUGGUUAAUAGAGCUAAACAAUUGGGUAUAAAGAUUGUUAUCGAUUCAACAACUCGUUUAUCAUCCAAAGCAGCCCAUAGAAAAUAUAAAGGUGUGGUUUGUCAUACUUUGGAUAAUAAUGGUCAACUCUCAAGAUUGGAAGGUACCGAUAGUUCAGAGUUCACUUGGAAUGAUUGUGUCUCUAUGAAUAUGCGUAAACUUUCAGUUUGGGAAAUGUUUGUUCAAGAGACUUUAUUAUGGGGUGAUCGUGGUGUUGAUGGUAUUCGUAUAGAUAGUGCUCAUACAUGUCCAUUGUUAUUCAGAUCGAAUUUGGAUGAAAUGUAUCGUUUGGAUAGUGAUGAUUUACCACAUUAUACCAAUCAACAAAUCUUUGAGGGUGAAAUCGUUAUGAAACCAUCGGAAGAAGGUAAAAACUUUGGCUAUUGGGGUACAACACCACCCUCACCAAAACAUUCAACUCCUUUCUAUCCAAAUCCAAUUUUCAUUAAAAUGACCAGAGAGGUUUGGAAUCGUUUCCCACAAUUUGUAUUUCUUGCUGAAGUUUAUUGGGAUCGUGAAUUACAUUCAAUCAUUUCAGGUUUAGUGCCCUAUUCUUCUGCAAUUCCAAAAGCAUUGGCAUCGGUUUUCGAUAAAGGUAUCAGUAAAGAUGGUAUUGUUUUCGAUUUAAGACAACGUCAAUCAGUAAAAGCACUCUAUGAUUAUUAUGAAAUGCGUAUGUCAACUUAUCCACAAAAUUCAAUUAUUCUCUAUCCAUCAUCGACUCAUCACUCUCCAUAUCCAUUACAAAUUUACAAUGCUGGUGCGUGGGCUGCCGUCGAUCUUAUGUAUUUCCUACCGGAAAUUCCAAUUACCUAUAUUGGUGAACAAAAUGGUUGGUACUAUCAUGUUGAUAUUCAUACAAGUCGUGUAAAAGUUGGUAUGUCUGCAACACCCUAUCAAUUACAAUAUCCUCAAAUUCGUGGUCAUUAUGCUCAUCGGGUGGCACUUAGAAAAUCUCAUGCUUUAUUACGUCGUGGUGGUAUGAUUCCAUUGUUAUGUUACCAUGCAACCGGAUGGCAUGAUCGUGUAUUUGGUUUCGCACGUUUCUCUGGUAAUGAAGUUGCAAUCAUUGCAAUCAACUUUGACAAUACCGACACGGAAUUCUAUGUCGAUUGUUCACCAUUGGCAAAGAUUUGUUCAGAUGAUACAAUCUAUAGAAUGGUGGAUUUAAUUAAUCCAAGUAAUCCACCACAAUAUUUAUCAUUGAACGAACUACUUCAUGAAAAACAUUUUGUAGUUGUACCAGGUUAUUCAAGUAUUUGUUGGGGUAUUUAUCAUCAAGUUGGUUCACCUGCCGCAAUGAGAGUACUCUAUGAACAUUCAAUGACUCGUCUAAAACAAUUGUUAGCAGAUGAUGUAGAUCCAUCAAAUAAUUUAAUUUAUUCACUUAUUAAAAAGAGUUUAUCAUCAAUUGAAGAAUUUGGUAAAACUCUUGAAAAUAUCUUAUCAAAUCUAUCAGGUAAUACUGAAAAAACAUUUAGUAGUUUUGUUCAAUCAGUACUUUACACCUUAACCAAAACCUUUGAUGGUGCAACCAUAUUACAAUAUUUGGAUGUUUUAUCAAAGAAAUCUACUCAGUCACCAAAAAUUCCAAAGAUUUGUCGUGAAAUUUUACAACAUAAUACAUUGGGUCCGAUUGUAUUUGUAACACCAGAGAUUGGUCGUUUCUCAACAGUUGGUGGUGUUGGUGUAAUGUUGGAUGAAUUAACAAGAAGUUUGCAGUUGUUAGGUUGUGAAGUUCAUAUUAUUUCACCUUAUUAUAACUAUGGUAAAGGUGGUAGAACUGGUUAUUUAGAAAAGGAAGAAGGUAUUCGUUGGAAGAGAAAUGUUUUAACCUAUGUUGGACCAGAUCGUGUUGAAGUUGGUGUUCAUGAAGGUAUGGAUAAAGGUAUUCAUUUACACUUUUUACAUCAUUUCGAAUACUUCCCAACACCCUAUAACUCUGGUUCACCAAUUCAUCAACUUAAAACCAUUGUAUUAUUUGCAAAAGCAUCAUUGGAAUUACUUUGUCAAUUAAGAAUUUUACCAUCAGUUGUUGUAACCAAUGAUUGGUUCACUGGUUUAGUUCCAGGUUAUGCAAAAUCGGGUGCAUUUGGUACCACUUUCAAUGGUACUACAUUCUUCCAUUUGGUACAUAAUCUUGAAGAAGCUUAUCAAGGUAGAAUUUAUCCUGAUAGUGGCGACGAUUUAAAUUGGAUUCAUCAUCUUCAUCGUGAAUUGAUCGUUGAUCCAUAUUCACAUCAACUUUGUUUGAAUGCAUCAAGAUGUGCCUUGUUAACUUGUAAUAAUUGGGGUACCGUAUCCAAAUCUUAUCUCUAUGAUCUAUUAAGAACCAGUCAUUUAGCAAAUCUUUUACAUAGAUUCCCUGAAGCAUUUGCUCAUUCCAAUGGUAUUAGAGUAAAAGAAAGAAAACAAGCAAUGAAAGCAGUUUCCACCGAUCAUUGGAGUGCAAAGGCAGAGCUACAAAAGAAAUAUUUUGGAUUGGUCGAUAAAUCAAUACCAGUACUUAGUUUUGUUGGUAGAAUUGUAUUACAAAAGGGUGUUCAUUUAAUUUUGAAUGCCGUUAGAGAAUUGAUUGGUCAUUAUCAAGGUAAAAUUCAAAUUUUAAUUGGUGGUAUGGCAAAUAUGAAAGAUCCCUAUGCAAGUAGUUGUGCUUGGUCAAUGCAAGCAUUGUGUAAACAAUUCCCACAAUCAUUUUGGGCUGACCCUGAUUCAUUCUUUUCAGAUGGUCCAUUGGUUAAUUUAGGCUCAGAUUUUGGUUUAAUGCCUUCAUUAUUUGAACCAAGUGGUGUUGUACAACAAGAAUACUUUGUUGCUGGUACACCAGUUAUCGCUUUCAAAACUGGUGGUCUAAAAGAUACAGUUUUCGAAUAUAAUACCAACACUGAAACUGGAAAUGGUUUCACUUUUGAAGCUCAUAAACAUACAGAUUACGUUCAAGCCGUUCAUCGUGCCAUCAAUAUUUUCAAUAACACUCAUCAUUAUGAAAAAAUUCGUAAAUGUGCUGAAGAAUCAGUUUUAGAUAUGUCUGUUGUUGCUGAAGCUUGGGCAAAAGAAUUCUCAAGAAUGAGAAGAUCAAUUUGGUCAACCAAUCAUCAAUUACAAAGACUUAAUGAAAAACAAUCUACUGAGGUUAUUGAUAAUAGAGAUAAUCAUUCAUCAUCAACUCAACCGUUAAAUUCUCAAAUUAAACAACCACCACAACAAUAA